CUCGGCUCACCCCCAAAGCGCUGUGGAAGAGGGGCUGAACCAGUCAUACCUCUGGGCGCCGCGGGUGCCGCAGCAGUCGCGGCGGUAGGCGCAACAAGCGGAGCAGCGGGAGGGAGCGACCACCGGAGUGACAACCGGCCUAAUAACACCAGGAGUAAGGUGCGCGGUGCGUGCCAGCAGAGUUUGCAACGCCUGAGCGAACUGAUCCAACAGGAGAUCCUGUUCAUCCAGUCUGGCGACCAACAUUGGAAGCGAAGGCGUACCUGCACCGUCAGGAUUCAU